CUCUCUUUUUCCCAACCACGAUGCCUGCCCCUGCGCCGUUCGCGUCCGCGCAGCCGCUGUAUCCGGCCCUCUACCUCUAUCCGCUUAAUGACUCUUUCAUCCCGAAGCACAUAUACCUGCCCCCCAACACAAAGGUCAAGAUUGGCCGACAGACCAAUGCCAAAACUGCACCCGGCGAGCGGAAUGGCUAUUUCGACUCCAAGGUCCUCUCCCGCCAGCACGCGGAGGUCUGGGAGGAGAAUGGCAAGAUAUACAUACGCGACGUCAAGAGCUCAAACGGGACGUUUAUCAACGGCGACCGACUGUCUGGCGAGGGCAUGGAGUCCGAGCCAUAUGACCUCAAGUCGGAUGAUAUAGUCGAAUUCGGUAUCGACAUCGUCGGCGAGGACAACAAAACUAUCAUCCACCACAAAGUGUCCGCCCGGGUCGUGUGCAUAUUCUCCGAACACGACGCGCAGGUCGCCCUCCGCGCGGAGCAGCUGACGCAGCAGCAACAGCACCUCCAGCCGCAACAGCAGCACCAGCAGUACCCCGGGCCCUCAUCCUCCUUCAACUUCAAUGGCAACCCGCCGCCCCGUCGCCAGGUCGGCAAUGCGCCUCAGCAAAAUGGCCCCGCGAACCAGCUGGGCUCGCUCGGCGGUCCGAAUAUGCGGCCGCCGGGCAAGUCGACCAUCUCGUUCGAGCAUAUCCUGAACCGCCUACAAGGCGAGCUCCAGAAGAGCCGCGAGACCGGGGCCGAGCUGCAUACCAUCACUGGCGCCAUGAGCGACAUCCAUGAUACCUUGGGUGGCAACCUGCCCCCGAACGCCCCUCCUUAUCCACACUCCUUACCACCUGUCCGCCCACCACAGCCGUCAUCGAAUGUCGACGGCGUUCCCCAACAGCAAUCCACUUCGCCGGAGCCGCAGCCGCCGCGUCCCAGCUCCUCGCAUGGGUCACCUGACACGAUGCAGGUCACCUUGUCGGGUCUCGAGAAGGAGGUCACGGCCGCGCAAUCGUCGUUGAUGGCGCAGAUGGAGAAAUUGCACGAAGUCCUUGAUGAGCAGGAGAAGAUUAGAGAAGAAGUGCGCCGCUUGCGCGAGGUUGUAUAUGUGGAGCACGCACAACAGAAGCACGAUGAGGAGGAGGAGCGGGGCAGUGGGUUCGACGAGGACGACGAGGGCGAGGGCGAAUCGAUGGACGAUGACGAUGACGCACGCAGCGUCGCCACGCUCGUCCCGCACGAGCUCGAGCGCGUGGAUGAGGUGGAUGAGGAGCACCUGGAGAACGCUGAGGAUCACCGUGAUGACGAGCAGCGUCGCGACGAUAACCUGGCGCUGGGGCGCCCUCGCACACCGGAGCCUACGCAUCUCGGCAUGCGCGACAGGCAACCCCACCAGCCAUCUCCUCUCUCGAACGACAUGUCGGUCACCGCCUCCAUCGACGACCUCGCUGCGCGCAUGUCCGACCUCACCGCUCAACUCGAGUCUGCACUUGCGCUCAGCAACUCCCUUCAAUCCAAGCACGCAGAGGCGCAGGAGACUAUCCAGCGUCUCGAGCAGAAGAUUGGCGUCCUCGAGACGCUCCUGACCUCCAAGGCCGAGCAGGAGAGCACGCCAGCCCCUGCACCGGCCCCCGAGCCCGCUCCGUCUCAGUCGGAGGAGGUCAGCAAGAUCCUCAGUAACUACAAAGCUGCGUUCGACCAGCAGUUCGCCGCCAUGCGCGAGGAGUGGAAUGCGGAGCGGGAGCGGAUGCGCAUCCUUGAGGAGCGUGUCGCCUCGACUGCGUCCUCGUCCCACCCUGCGCCUCUCCUCAACGGCGACGCCUCGUCCAAGUUGACAGGCGGCCUCGUCACCCCGCCAAGUCCGCGCAGCCCCGCACGCAAGCGCCGUGGCAGCAGCCGACGCCGAAGUCGCAGCGAGAGCCGGAGCGAGGAAGGCUUGAGCGACGCCGAGAGCGUGAGCACCGGGGCGACGAAGGUGGAGCACGACGUGAAGGAGAAGGGCUUCUCGGAUGCGAGUGAGCGUGGGCUCGUCACCCCGGAGCACAGUCUCAGGGGCGGGAUGCCCGGCUUCACGGGUUCUGCGGACAUGAAGGACGACAUCAGGAAGGGCGUCGGUUUUCGGGAUGGGCGCACAGCUGGCUCACCUGCGAAUGCUCAGGCUGCCGUCGGCGUCCUUGUCUUAAGUAUCGCCGCCGCCGCCGUCAUAUGGAGAGUCAAGGAUUAGGCCUUCAUCUUUUUCUCAGUCACGGACGAUACCCGGCUACGGACACUACGGCGUGGAAGAACGGGCAAAAGCUCUGUCUCGGGAGUCUUAAUUCGUCUUUCCCAUCCCCUUGUAUAUACACACCCUUAACUUUAUUGACACGACCGAUGAGCAUGAGUACAUAUGGUAUCCACACAUAGACUUUGCCUUAGUGAAAACACAUAUGCGAUGAGGAUUACGGAGCGCGGUGGGUAGGACCUACAUAAUGUUAUUUGGUAUGAACCCCCACUGUCAUUGUGUUCGG